AUGACGGAACGAUCCACUUGGAUCCCUUUUGCGCGUGCUACAGCUCUUGGUUGGGUUCCUCUCACCACAACACCACUUCCGCAACUAAACUUAGAGCAUGACGUUCCCCCUACCAACGAACUGCUUCACCUAAAUAUUAGCGGUGUUCGUUUUGAUGUCUACAGGAGCACAUUGGAAAAAUUUCCUGACACACUUUUGGGAUCGAACGAAAAGGAUUACUAUUAUAAUGAAGAAACACAGGAAUAUUUUUUUGAUCGAGACCCUGAUAUUUUUCGACACAUCCUAAAUUACUAUCGCACUGGUCUUCUUCACUACCCAAAAAAUGAAUGCGUUUCUGCAUAUGAUGAAGAGCUUUCCUACUUUGGUAUUUUGCCGGACAUAAUGGGCGACUGCUGUUAUGAAGAAUAUCGCGACAGAAAGAGGGAUAUUAGUGAGCGUCUGAUGGAUGAUAGGGAAGAUGAAAACAUAAUUUUAACACCUUGCAAAACCUUUCGAGAGAAACUUUGGAGAAUUUUUGAAAAUCCACAAUAUUCUACUUCGGCACUCGUUGUUUACUACGUAUGCGGAUUCUUUAUCGCGGUUUCUGUCACAGCAAAUAUAAUCGAGACCAUUUCUUGUGGCUUCAAUCCUAAAACUGGACGGUAUCCUUCGUGUGGUGAAAGAUAUAGUAAAGGAUUUUUCUGUCUUGAUACGGCUUGUGUUUUAAUAUUUACCAUAGAGUAUCUGGCUCGGCUCUAUGCGGCUCCGAAUAGACUCAAGUUUGUACGGUCAGUGAUGGCUUUAAUAGAUGUCGUCGCCAUAUUCCCUUACUACGUUGGAUUGGGUUUACCAGAGAACAAAAACCUUUCUGGAGCUUUUGUGACAUUGCGAGUGUUCCGAGUCUUUCGGAUAUUCAAAUUUUCACGCCACAGUCAGGGCCUCCGUAUAUUGGGCUACACUCUCAAAUCCUGCGCGUCUGAACUUGGGUUCCUGCUUUUCAGUCUCGCAAUGGCUCUGAUUAUUUUUGCAACUGUGAUUUACUAUUUAGAGAAAACGGAUGUUGACACCCGCUUUACAAGUAUUCCGGCAGCAUUCUGGUAUAUUAUUGUCACAAUGACAACCCUGGGGUAA